CCUCCUUAGCUUUCUUUCCUCCAUGUCACCAACUCACUCCUCGCUGAGGAGGAAUCAGCUGCUCUUGCAGAGCAAAACUGGAACAGCAACCCGUAGAUUGUGCAAACGUUGUUGUCGUGUAUGUGUGUGUGUGUGCAUUGUGCGGAUGCAGUUAAUAUAGUUGUCCGUGAGGGAAACGGUAAUCAGUGCACAAAUUAAAAAAUGUCUGGCAAACGGAAAGUCAGUCCCGUGAAGGACUUUUUCGCAGGUGGUUUUGGAGGCAUCUGCCUAAUUUUCGCGGGACAUCCACUGGAUACUAUAAAGGUCAGGUUACAGACCAUGCCGAAACCAGCACCUGGCCAACCGCCCCUUUAUACGGGUACCUUUGACUGUGCCAAGAAAACUGUUGUAAAGGAAGGUGUUCUGGGGUUGUACAAAGGGAUGGCUGCACCCCUGGUGGGGGUGACACCAAUGUUUGCAGUCUGCUUCCUUGGCUAUGGGAUCGGAAAGAAGAUCCAGCAGAAGACUCCCGACCAGGAGCUUACGUUGGCUCAGUUGUUUGCUGCUGGAAUGCUGUCUGGUGUGUUCACCACAGCCAUCAUGACUCCUGGCGAGCGAAUAAAGUGCCUUCUGCAAGUUCAACAUGCCCAUGGCGAUGGAAAGGGAAGGUUUGCUGGCCCAGUUGACUGUGCAAGACAGCUGUACAAGGAGGGAGGCAUUCGUAGCAUCUACAAGGGCACUGCAGCUACAUUGCUAAGGGAUGUUCCAGCCAGUGGCAUGUACUUCAUGAGCUAUGAGUGGCUUCAACGUGUGCUCACCCCCGAAGGAGGAAGCCGAUCAGACAUCGGUGUUGCAAGGACCUUGUUUGCUGGAGGCAUGGCAGGCAUUUUCAACUGGCUCGUGGCCAUUCCCCCCGAUGUGCUCAAAUCGAGAUUACAAACAGCUCCACAUGGCACGUACCCCAAUGGCAUCAGAGACGUUUUCAAAGAGACAAUGAAGACCGAGGGAAUCCGAGCGUUAUACAAGGGUGCUACUCCCGUCAUGCUUCGUGCCUUUCCUGCCAAUGCGGCAUGCUUCAUGGGGUACGAGUUGGCCAUAAAGUUCCUCAAUUGGUUGGCUCCUGGUCUAUGAGGAUAGUGCAACUUAAGUCCAUAAAGAAAAGAUUAUUAUGUCCACGAGUAGAGCACUACAUAGCGGUGCCUUUUUAACAUUUAUAAACAUUUUGACAUUACUGUUUGUUUGCUGAAGGAGUGUCGCGAAUAUGCUGUAAUUCUACACUUGUUAGUGAUUUGAUAGGAUUUUAUAUUGUAUAUUUCCACAUUUACAAAAAAAAAAAAAAUUGAAUGAAUGCGUGUCUGCUGCUACCACAAAGUUUUCGUUAUGUUUUUGAAGUUUGAAGUUUCCGAAGUUUUUGUGAAGUUUUCGUAUUGGGAGGGCUCAACUCCGGCAGGAUCGACGCUGGAAAUACGGCAAGCCCGAGGUUCUGAAAAGGGCGCAUAUCGCUACCCGUGACGCACGCUGUAUUAAAUGUUGCCAUAAAUAUGCAACACCCUUCUGGUCAUAUCUUUGAAACUAUAGUGCGAAGUAUAUAGUAUAUAUAUAUAUAUAUAUAUAUAUAUAUAUAUAUAGGGAGUGACUUUUUCGGGUUCCACCCGGUUAUUCCCCCCUGAACUGACCUCCGACCAAUUCGGGUCAAACCCGAUUUCUCCCCGAAUUCCAGUCACUAUGAAAUCCUCAAGUGACGUUUCCAUUGAAGCUAAACAAAGGUCGCCACGUGUAACUGAUGUAAGAAUGGGUCACUUAUACGUUCCCAGCAAUACACCCCUGUGUGUCAACACUGUCUAUGCCUUCAGGGAUUACCGCUGGAAGGUCACGAUCGCGCAAAAAAAAAAAAAAAGAGAGAGAUUAGGAAAGGACCUAAUAGACAAGAGGAGGAACAAAAACACCCGAUAACAAUUAUCGCCCAAUUUCUCCCCGAAUUACAGAUUUAAAAAUAGCGCCCGAUUUUUAACCCCCGAAUCUGAGAAAGGCAUUCAACCCGAAAAAGUCACUCCCUAAGUAUAUAGUACCACCAAUGUUGUUCCCCUUCCAUUCUUUCAACACUGUGCUUGAAUUUACGGUACAGUUUUCUCAAAAACCGGGUUUGCUCCGGUUCUUAUGGCUUGUUCCGUUCCGCUCAGUCACUCACUCUGUUCCAUAUCACCCCCCUCGAUGUAGUCACACAAACUGUGCACCCAAAGUGGAAGCCAUAAUCGUUCACCCAAACAAUAUCGCAUAUUUAGGGCCUGACUUUUUCGGGUUUUAUUUUUGGCCAAAUUCGGGGGGCAAAUAUCGGGUGAUAUUUUUUAUUUGAAAAUUCUGGUGUAUUCGGGUUAAAUCCCGUUACAGCAUAUUCUGUCGUCAGGAAUUCGGGUGUAUUCGGGUGAUUUUUUUUGUUUAUUAAAAAUUUGUCUUAACAUGGAACUAAUGUUUAGCAAUGUUAUCAAACUUUAUUUUAAUGGACGCUUACGAGUGUGCCACGAGACCCGGAUGUUUUCGGGUAGAUUCGGGUUAAACCCGAAUUUUAGAGAUUUCGUUCGGGGGGUAAAUAUCGGGCGGAUACGGGUUUAACCCUAAAAAGUCAGGCCCUACGCAUAUUGCACGAAGGGGCACUACUACAUGUGGAUACUGCAUGAAGGGACACUAAACAGGAAUAACAGAUACACUUUUUUGUUACUGCGGGGUGCUACGUUGCGAACCGAUACUGAAAAACUACAAAGUGCCUGCAAAGUGAGAAAAUAGUCACUGCACUCUUUCGUACCCAUGCUCCGCUCCGUGAUGCCUUGCUGAUAGUAGCCACGAUUUUGAUGUUGCACCCUGUCAACCAGUUGCAAUGAGGAGUGCUUGCACAUUAAUUUACUGUAGUAUCAACGUGUUUGGUAGAUGCGGGAAACGUUACCACUGUAAGAACCUGCAAUUUGACAAGUUCAAAAUGUAACAGGAGCUCACACUUCACGUAUGCAAAACGGGGCUUUACUUUUAUCCUUUACAGAAUUUUUAUAAUAAAACUGCGAGAGCUACAUAGAUGUGGUUUCCACAGUUGGGUUAUGUGGCCAGGCAGACAUCCUGUCAGAUACCACAUGUAACCACAGAGGCCUAAUUACAUGAAAUUCAUUAAUUAACUGAUUAUAAUUAGAUGUUUUUGGGGAAACGCGCGAUAGCAGGAUAUUUAAAACGGAAGAUGGGUUGAAAUAAUGACUGGCUGCCAUUCUGCUAUCUCACGUUUCCCCAAACAUUUAAUUAGAUAAUUAACGAGUUAAUGAAUUUUAGGUCAUUAGUCCUCCAGUAGUUGCACAUGCUGUCUGACAGGUUGUCUGCCUGGCCUUUGUCUGUCUAGGUAGUUCUUAGCUUUAUUACAAAAAUCCUGUAAAGGAUAAAAAAAAAUGCCCUGUAUAUUUUUUAGUUCCGUACUGCUCUACAAAUGUGGAUGAGUAUCUGGCAGUGCCGUUUCCGUAACAUCACGUGCAUUCUGGCAGAGUAACUGUGGUCUUACCAGGACUACAGGUUUUCCUGGCGAUUUUAAUCCAAGUGCCAGCUAAAUUAAUCCAUGCCCCAUAAAGUUUGCAUGGCACAUGGAUUAAUUUAGCUGGCACUCGGAUUAAAAUCGGCGGGAAAACCUGUAGUACACCCGCGUGCCACAGCUAGUAGCAACGGGGUCCCGCCAUUGGCAAGGAGCAUGAAAUUUAAGCUCAAGUGCUAAGCUCAAGUGCCAGGAAUGUAGUGUCGCAAUAUACGUGGAAGCUUCGUGGUACAGCCGAGUGACACACAAGCAAAGCUCAGACACACAAAUAAUAAGAGCUGCGCGGAUUAUGCUUUUUAAAUAGCGGUAUUUCUCGGCAAAUCUGCUCGCUAGAGCUCAAGGAAUUGCAUGCAUAUUAUUUACAUAUUGUGAGCUUCGCUCUGUUAUGGAGCGUGAUAUUCAGAAAGUGUUCAACAAGCUGUUUGUUUUAGCCGUUUAGCUGUUUACCUACAGCAACGUUACCACAUUACGUGUAUUGUACUACUAUGCCAAGUCCUCGUAGUCACUGGAAAUGAUCAUGUCCAAAGCUGCUACAGAUUUUACAGUUUUAGGCAAAAGGCAACAGAAAGAACAUGUGCCAAGGAAAGGGACUGUCCAAGGAGCAACCAAUCACAGACGGACCAGCUCGAAUUUAGAUUCAGUUUCCAUCGAGCUGAUUGGCCAGGUGUCGUCUCUGUUGCCACAUGUGUGACACAGGUAGGAUAAAAUAACGGCUGCAGACAAGUCCCGUAAUGAGAACGACGAACAGCAGAUGCUAAGAGACCGCGAUUGUUGAUAGUAAUGCCAUUUGCACAACGUCGGUUGAACAGUGGAUGGAAUUCUGCAUUCUUACAGUGUUAGUUUGGCCUGUUGAGCACUCUGUAAUUUGGCCUGAGCCUGUAUGCAAAAAAAGUUUGAAAAGCAACAAGUUGAUGUUUACAGAGUCGAAUGCUUUAGUCAGGUUGAAGCACAUGGCAUCAACAGAGUUAGACAGGUCGCCGAUUAAUUUUUCAAACUCUGCAGGAAUUGUGCUAAAGUCUGAAAAAAAUGAACUUGACUGAAAACUGCUUUAUUAGGUUCAGUGGCCAAAAGAACAGCAUCAGUCCUGCUAUUCAAUGAGCCAAGCACUUUCCAAAUGAGUAGGGGCCAGUUUCGCCAACGCCGUUUAAGAGAUGAUUUGCAAUCAAAAAUCGUUAACUUGAAAUUACGACUCAACCUUCCUCCUCCAACAUUAUCUAGCGUUACUGGACUUCACCUCGCAUCACUAACUAAUGCUGCUGAAAAAGAGCUGACUGCUAACUUCAAGUUUAAGGGAUGCUUGAUCUUGGCUUAAAUAUAGGUUUGUGUUGAUAACUGAAUACAGUGCCUUUGACGUGUCACUGUUGCUGUGUGUCAAAAAACCAUGGAUUAAUCGUUACGCAUAAAUCUCCAAGCAUUAUUACUGGUAGCACCCUGGCGCACACAUACCUACACGUUCGACAAAGGCCUCUUUCUUUUCUAUCCCGGGGGGGGGGGAAACUGGUUACUCCACGAAAGCAAAAAUUUUAGGACAUAUUUCAAGAUACAUACGUACCUGGCACACAAGAACACGUGAGUGAGAGUGGCAUACAGGGUGUCGUGCAUGUGAUUUCAUGUUAUGUUUUCUUCAUUUGUAUUACACAAGGUGCACCUUGUUGAAGACACCUCGUCCGGGUGUUUCUCAAGGUGCUCUACAACUUUCCGGUCGACACUUGGCCCUUCAGCUGACGUUUUAAAAUUAUUAGUCGAUACAUUAAUUAUACAAAAAUAAAAAAUAUUGCAGACUACUACAAUAAGACUGCUAGGAACAUUCAUUUUGUUUUGUUCAUGUAGAAUGCUCAGUCUUUUAAGACCUUGCUACAUUUUAGAUGAGGUACCCUGUGUGUUGCACGGGUGAAAACUGAUAUUGCUUGGACAUACCACGUGACUGAUGCACUACCAUUGCAACCUGUUCAUUUCUGAAUUUUUGCAUCAGUACUCUUGCUUUCAUUAGCUUUUAUGAAAAUGUAUAUGCGCAUAAUGUACAGUCUUCUCGAUGUUUAUAAAAACAUGCUGGUAAAAACAUGCUAGGUAAAAACAUGCUGCUAUGUCAUGAAUUCUGGCAAUUAUAGAAAUCCUCAUCAGGAAUAUGAAAAAUUUUACUUAACAGUCGAGCCUUUGAUGCUUUGAGCAUUUGAUGAUUUGAGCAGUCAAGUCGAAUGACACUGAGGGACCGUGCUGACGGGAAUGCAAAAUCUGAUUGUUAUAUACAGGAUGUUUCACGUAGAGAGUUAAAAAAUUUGUAUUCAAAACCUAGUGUCUGUUUGAAAACUAUGGAGUCAAUGCUAUUUAUCUCCGGAGAGAUUUUGACAUGACUUCUGAGCACUUUUACUAAUUUUAAAGCAUAAGAAAUUGAGUUAUAUGAAUUGAACUCCAAAGUUUGCGAAGUUAAUCUCUUUCUUUUUUUCAGAAACAGGAUUUACCCCCAAUCCUGUCCCACAUACAUUCAUGCAUUCCCUACUACAAUGGUAAUACUGGUAAUACUACAUAGCUGGGGGGGAAAAGUGAAAACCAUUGUUUCGGGGUGCUGUGGGCCAUGCUCAGUUCGCCAUUAAGGUAGCACAGAAGUAAUUUUUAACACCCUGUUUUCUUCCUAUAAAACUGUUAAGUAGGCCAGUAAGAUGCACCAUGAGAAGUAAUUCACACCACAGAGUCAUAAUUAUCUCAGAAAUUGAAGAUAAAGUACACAGCUGGGAAACAAAUUGCGCAUAUCAAAGCCUUUUGUGCUAUUUGGAAAUUGACACACAUACUUUCAUUAGACGUACCCUUGAAGUUAAUACAAGACUACAAGUAGACUACAGUAGUAAGUAGUAAUACAGAAGUUAAUACAAGACUUGGUGGAGGAAAACGGCAACCUGCAUCUUCCUGUUUACUACUCACUGUUGUUUCAGAUAACUUUGCGUUGUAACCAUGCUGCCAUUAUAGGCAGCAGCGCAGAAGAGGAAAAGUGAAGGGGCAAGUCGAUGGCCUCCUUGUACAUCACUACUUUCGGACAUCCGAGCGCAGCCAAAAUGUGUGUGCCUCGAAGUUUUUUUGUUUUUUUUGUUGCUACUACUAUACCAUUAUAGUAGGGAAUGUAGUUUGCAAUGGAAUGGGGCAAAUCCAAAAUGCACUUUCUCUUUUUUUGGGUAUAUUGAAUCUGCUCUGUGUCAGAUUCCACGAAAGCUUUUACAACAGUGACAUAGCUGCCGAUACCAUGCAAGUCUCCACACCUCCUGGAAUACACGAGUUCAGAAAAUCCCAGAGUGCUUAGCGUCCCUUUGAACUGUGGGAGUUUACUAAUACGAAAGAAACGGGUGACCUCCAAACUGUUCCCAUUUCUCCCCUACCGGUCCAUUUGAAUUUGAAUUUGAAUUUAUUUAAACUUAACAAUGCUUAAUGAACAGUACAGUCCACGAUGUGUCAAGUCAUUGUCAUUUGUCAAGUCAUUGUCAUGAAAGUGUGUCAUUGUCCACGAUGUGUCAAGGUCAGCGAAAUGUGAAGGAUUAUAUUCUUCGUUCCGCCACUCAGCGAGCGUCCAGGUGCGCAAAGAGCACUGGGAUUUUCUGAACUCAACUGAUGACCUCGUCCAUUGCUCACCAUCUUGGUCGCAAAAGUCAUAAUCGUUCUCACUACGAGAACGUCCACGGAUCGAUAUGUGCUUGAGUGGCGACGCACAACUAUCCGCGAACAGAAAUUUUGGGGCACGUGCCUUUCCUCAUCAAAUCUGUUCCCGGAUCCGAAGACACCAGUGUUGCACACAGCCAUUCAGAACAAAAGUUGAGUAGAAAGAGAAGGAUGUGGAGGAGGAGCAACCACCGUUAAUUCUCGCAGGCGCCUUUGAAGCCGCACGCUCUGCAAAAUCCCUGACGCCACUCUCUCACUCCAGGCUAUGGCCCUUGAAGGCACUUGAAGGAGCCCCUUGCCUCUGAUUAAAAAGUUUAUUGCUUUUUAAUGUUUGUGCAUUACUAGCUGGUGGAGGAAUACUAAUCCCUAUAUACGAGAAAUGCUAUAUAAGAACGCUAUAUACGAGAAAUGCAUGGUGAUCAUUACAUCGAAGUGUUGCUUACAUGGGUGAGCCGAUGGGAACCCAGCAAUUUCAGUGCAAUAUCAAAGUGAGUGUGCUUGACCGUAAUUACUUCACAUAAUGUACUUUGCAUGAAAAGUUGCAUGUCACGCUGUAAUCAAUAAUAAAAUGUGCAAUAUUCCCUGUUGUACGCAUCAGCAUUAAAAGGUGCAUUUGGUAGCCGCAUAUAAUUUGUACUGUACCGCAAUAAACAUAUUUUUGUAAACAGGU